AUGGCCCAGAGGAUGGAAGAAAAAUUUUCAACCUUCGAAAUAGAGCAUGCUCCGAGAAACGAAAACCGAUUUGCGGAUGCAUUAGCCGCACUGGGGUUGCAAAUAAUCUUCAAAGGGGAUAGCACCAGGAUAGAAGUCAGCAAAAGGGAGGAAUCCAUCAUUGAGGUGUUAAAGGAAAAGUUCCAGGAGGAACAGGGCAAAGGGGAUUGGCGGAUCCCUAUAAAGGAAGUCUUGAUAAAGGGAGACGAUGUAGCAGAAUUAAAGAUACUAAAGGACUACGCCUUGUGGGUAGAAGCAGUGCCACUCCGUAACGUCACAGGAGGAGCGGUGGCAAAUUUCAUCAAAGAAAAUAUAAUUGUAAGGUUUGGGGUGCCUUACAGGAUCAUCAGUGACAACGGCACACCAUUUAUCAAUAGUGAUGUAAGGAAGAUGCUAGAGUUCUACCAAGUCAAGUACCACCGGUCAUCACCUUAUUACCCUCAAGGGAAUGGGCAAGCAGAGGCAACAAACAAAACUCUCAUAAAGAUCAUCAGUAAAAUGAGUCAAGAGUAUACGGGAGGAUGGACGACACACCUGCCAGAUGCUCUCUGGGCUUAUAGAAAAUCACCAAAGUCAGCCACGGGCUUUUCACCCUUUUCCUUAAUCUACGGAACUGAGGUAGUAAGCCCAGUAGAAAUAAUGACACCAUCCUUGAGGGUCAUGCAGACGCGAGAAAAGGAAAAGGAAGAAAAAGUCUUUGUGGCAGAAAGGUGCGAAGACCUAGAAGGGCUUGAUGGAAAGAGAGAAAAGGCCCAGGAAUGCAGCCGAAGAUACAGACAAAAGAUGACUGAAGCCUACGGCAGGAUGACCAAGGAAAGAGUGUUCGCAGAAGAACAACUUGUGCUAAAGGUGGCAGACUAUGUCAGGCAAGGCCUGGCAGGACCAUCUAAGUUUGCACCAAAGUGGGAGGGACCCCUUGUGAUAAGGGAAGCACAUCAAAGUGGGUAUUAUCGCCUAACUCAAAUGGAUGGCAGGGACUUAAUGGAUCCCAUCAAUGGGAAAUGGCUGAAACGUUAUUAUGCUUAG